GGUCACGAUUUCGAAAAUCCUCGAAAAUCGACGGAUCCGCGCUAUCUGAGCCCGCUGAGCCUACGGCAAAUAUGCGGAAACAUUAGGCGUGUUUGCGUACCGCUCGAGCUUUAAGAAAGGCCGAACGAGGAGAAUCUUUUCGAUUCUCGCGUGGAAACGAUUCGAGAAGGCUGGGAUGGCGGAGUGAACGUCUAUCUUAGAGAUGAUUUCGAGUCUUUUGAGCUCAAAGAACGACGGCGGCGUCUUCAACGAAUAUCUUGCCGUUAUUGCAGCAUGCACGGUGUUCUUCACGCUGGGCGUCCACCAAGGCUGGACCUCGCCCUCCAUACCCAAACUCCAGUCACCGGAAUACCCCUUCGACAUCUCCAACGAGGAGGCUUCGUACAUCACGAUCUCCGCGCCUCUGGGCGACAUCUUCGGCGAGAUCCUUUCCGCCACCGUGGUCGACAGGAUCGGACGGAAGAACACCAUGUUCUUCGCCGGUUUUCCCAUCCUCCUGUCCUUCGUCCUCAUCUACUUCUCCUACCUCACGCCCGUCGUGUUGUACGCCGCCCGUUUCUUGGGCGGCGUAUGUUUCGGGGUGAUCAUGUCCAUCUCGCCCAUUUAUACGUCGGAACUGUCGCGUCCCGAGAUCAGGGGUAAGUUGGGGGUGUUGGGGGCUUGCUCCUUCAUCUACGGCCUGGUGGCGGUGAAUUUUGUCGGUACCUACUUCGACAUCCAAGUUACAGCCUUGAUAUUCGCGGUUUUCGCGCUGGUGUUCCUGGUGAUCUUCGCCCAGAUGCCGGAGACCCCUUACUACCUCCUGAUGCGUAAGAGGGUGGAGGAAGCCGAAGAAUCGUUGUCCUUCUUCAGGAGGAUGAAGAACGUGAAGGGGGAGCUUCAAUCUUUGAUCGACGACGUGGAGAGACAGAUGAGCGAGAGGGGGGAAUACAAGGAUCUCCUCCUGAACCUCACCAACAGGAAAGCCCUGAUCCUCUUGGUCUUAGCUAGGAUUUUCCAACAGAUGACUGGUGCCACAGUGUUCGCCAUGUACACCCAACACCUCUUGAGCAGCGUGGAAGACGUGAUCCAGCCGCAUUUCGCCAUCGUUAUCAUUUAUCUGAUACAGGCGUUCGUGGUGUUGAUAUCAGGGAACCUCUCGGAUAAAUACGGACGCGUCCCUUUGAUGACCUUAUCCGCGGCUUCUUGCUUCUUUACGUUGCUACUCCAAGGUGGAUAUUUCACCAUCAGGGACUUCACAGAUUACGGUUUACCGGUGUGGACUCCGGCUCUACUGUUGGGCGUAUACUACAUCCUCUUCCAAAUAGGUUUGGGUUCGUUGCUGAACAUCAUGUUGGGCGAGAUGUUCUCGGCCUCCAUCAAACCCAAGGCGAUCUGCGUGGUCAACAUGACCCUCUCCUUGACCAUCAUGAUAACCGCCAAGUUCUACCAAGUGUGCGCGGAUUAUCUGCACGUUUCCGUUUGUUUUUACACGUUCGCGGGUUGUUCUUUGGUGGCCGCGUUCUUCUUCAAGUUCUUCUUCCUGGAGACCAAAGGUAAGACGCUGGAGGAGAUCCAGAUGGAGCUCAAGGGGGCGAAAAGGAGGCAUAGUGUUGUCGGCUCGUGAUAGUUUAGGUUAGAUGAUAAUGAUGUAAAAUAUAUUUUCACACGAG